UCUCCGUGACCUUCAAACCAAACCAAGCACAAACAGGGAAGCGUAGCCGCAACCUCCAUCCCGAACUACACGCACACCACCCAGAUCAAAGCCACCGUCGGUCCCCCCGAAGAAGGGACCACAAAGUGAUCUUCUCUUCGCUCGAUCGGAUCGUUUCCUCGUGCCGUAGCGGCGAGGAGGAUAGUGCCGGGAGGUGGGGGGGGGGCGUGAUUUUGCCGGUUUGGAGCGAGACAGGGGUAUGAGCUGUUUUGCGCACCGCCGCUGCUCCGACGUCGCCCGCCGCCAGGACGGCCUCCUCGUCUUCGUCUUCUUCAUCUCGAUUCCCAUACGUAGUGUCAGUAGUAAAUCCAAUUUAAGUAGUAAUAGUAGUAGUAAUCUUUUGUAAACUGCGUUCGUGUUCGGGGUUGCGUGUACGAAAACGGAGGGAUCUUCUGUUGUUUAUUCCUCUUUCUCUUCUUCUUCCUCGGCGGCGGCUAUGGAUCCCAAUGGCCUCAAAACUGGAGGCCUUUUGCUCCCGACCAUUGAGAGGCGGUGCUCGUCGCCUCCAUCCGUCAUAGUAAUCGGUGGGGGUAUCUCGGGGGUUGCAGCUGCUCGUGCUCUCUCCAAUUCUUCAUUUAAGGUGACUGUUUUGGAGUCCAGAGAUCGUAUUGGUGGUCGUGUUCAUACCGACUACUCCUUCGGAUGCCCAAUUGAUAUGGGAGCCUCAUGGCUGCACGGUGUGUGUAAUGAGAAUUCACUGGCGCCAUUGAUCGGCUAUCUUGGGCUGAGGUUAUAUCGCACUAGCGAUGACAACUCUGUUCUGUAUGAUCAUGAUUUAGAAAGUUAUGCCCUUUUCGAUAAGGAUGGCAAUCAAGUCCCAAAAGAGAUAGUUGAGAAGGUUGGAGAAACGUUUCAGAGAAUUCUUGAAGAGACUCUGAAAGUACGUGAUGAGCAGGAAAAUGACAUGCCCCUUAUACAGGCAAUUUCUAUAGUGUUUGAGAGGCACCCCAAUCUGAAGCUAGAAGGGCUAGAUGAUCAAGUCUUACAGUGGUGUGUCUGCCGGCUUGAGGCAUGGUUUGCUGCAGAUGCGGAUGAAAUAUCUCUGAAAAACUGGGAUCAGGAGCGUGUUCUUACUGGCGGACAUGGACUGAUGGUAAAUGGAUACUAUCCUGUAAUUGAAGCUCUUGCUCAAGGCCUUGACAUCCGGCUUAAUGAAAGGGUCUCCAAAAUCACCCGGCAAUACAAUGGAGUCAAGGUCACUACUGAAGAUAGCACAGACUACUUCGCCGAUGCUUGCAUAAUCACUGUGCCACUCGGUGUGCUCAAGGCAAACAUAAUCAAGUUUGAGCCUGAACUGCCCCCUUGGAAGAGUUCCGCGAUCGCGGACCUCGGUGUUGGUAUUGAGAACAAGAUCGCCAUGCACUUUGACAGAGUCUUCUGGCCCAACGUUGAGGUGCUGGGGAUGGUUGGUCCGACGCCUAAAGCAUGUGGAUACUUCCUGAACCUCCACAAGGCCACCGACAAUCCGGUGCUGGUGUACAUGGCCGCUGGGAGAUUCGCGCAGGCAGUGGAGAAACUGACAGACAAGGAAGCCGUCGAUUUGGUCAUGUCUCACCUGAAGAAGAUGCUUCCAGAUGCUACUGAACCUACGCAGUACUUGGUAUCGCGCUGGGGUUCUGACCCGAACUCUCUCGGGUCCUACUCGUGCGACCUGGUCGGGAAGCCGGCCGACGUGUGCGUGAGGUUCUCUGCCCCCGUGGAGAACCUGUACUUCGCCGGUGAGGCGGCCAGCGCCGACCAUUCGGGGUCCGUGCACGGCGCGUACUCGUCGGGCCUCGCCGCCGCCGAGGACUGCCGGAAGCGCCUCCUGACGCAGAAGGGCGUCCCGGACCUCGUCCAGGUCGCGGCCUGGGAGGAGGUGGCUGGAGCCGUCGCUCCUCUGCAGAUUUGCAGAACUUGAACAGCUUCAUCUGCAGAUUUGGUACUGCUUCAUUAAACCAAUGGGUGCAAAGAGGCGUGAUCCGUCCAAGUUGGCGCGCACAAUGCAUUACAAAAUUCUUAAAUUUCCAUUGUAAUAUGUCUAAAAAACCUUUUAUCAUCUUGCUUGGAACAAGUUGAGGUCGAUGCCUGAGUUGAUGCACUCGGACACUACUUCGAUCAUGUUACCUUUUCUUUCCUUUUUUAAAAGAAAUCCUAUACCAGACAUGAGACAUGUUUGUGGAUUGAAUGUUCGUA